CUGUAUUAAAAACCUAUAGAAGUGUUUUUGACGUUUAUGUGGAUGUCUUGUAAAUAUCCAUAUAAGAAAGUUGUGCGCUCUGCAGAGAAGUAACAUCUGAAAGAAAAUAAAAUAAUUAUAAUUUUAGAAUAGAACUGUUGGAGAAAAAAUGUUUUGGCUACACUAAAAACGCAAAAACUUUUUGCAAAUACAUUAAGUGCAGCAACAUAACAAACGCAAAAUGUAAUCAAUCAAUUUUCAAAGUAAUUGUGCACAAAUAAAAUAAAGAAACAAAAGAAAACUUAUGAGACGUAGUGAUUACCUUGCAUUAUUAGAACAACUGCUGACUUACGCGCACAUAUAAACAUGGCUACUAUGCAACUGGAAUUUGCGCAGGCGAUGACAGACUUCAAGACCAUGUUCCCUGACAUGGACCAUGAAGUUAUUGAGGCUGUGUUAAGAGCAAAUCAAGGUGCAGUUGAUGCUACAAUCGACCAGUUGCUUGCCAUGUCAACUGAUACCCAACAGAACGAAAAACUACGCAACGAAUUGGAUGGCAGCAUUGCACCACAACAGAGUCUUAUAAAUUUAAUUGAUACAGAUUAUGAAAAACAGCGCAAUAGAUUAAAUAUUACACAACCCGCUACAGCUCAACUCAUUGACACAACUGAUGGUAACAAUUUUGCUGCUCAUAAUCCGAUUAACACUCCAGCUGCUGCAGCUAAUGCUGUGCUAUUAAACUUGAGCAAUAGUGGUCCAAACUCAUCACCUCAUCACAAUACCGGUGCUUCGCCUAAACAACGUCCCCAACAAAAUAAUUUACAAAAGAACAUAUUAUCAGGUACAGCUGCACCCACAACACACACUAAUGUUGGUCGGCGCUGGAAUCCGCCCAUAUUAGGUCCACUCCCAGCUGGUUUUCUACGCAUAGCACCUUCCGUUACACAUGAUGCUGGUAGAGAUUUUGAUUUACCAGAUGAACAAUUUGCCAUGAUGUUGCAAAAUGAAGAAUUUAUGAAUCAGUUACGUUGGAAUCAGGAAUUUAUGAAUGCACUGGAAAAAGAACAGAGCGGCAAGGCAAAAACAGAAGAUGAUGCUGCUUUCAAGGAACGACUUAAGCAUAUGGGAAAAGUAUCACGAAAGAAAUUUCUUCAAAUGGCACGCGUAUUUACAUGGCAACGAAACAAGAAAGUAACCACCGCAAAACAAAUCGAUUCCUUGCCCUUAAAAGAGGAACCUAGCGAUGAUGAAGAACAUCAUCAUCAUCAUCAUCAACAUAAUCAACAAGUGCGUAAGUAAAUAAUUACGAGCUAAUAAGAAAAAAGCUACUUGUUAAGAAUAUAAUUUAAAUAAUAAUAGAGUAAAUUCCCAAAUUGUAAUCCCUCAACAAAUACUCCAAGUGGAUUUUAUCUUUUGCAAUUUCAUUGCUAUAAUUUUAUUUUAUUUCUACUAUUUUAUCAAAUGUAAUUAAGAAAAAUAUGUUAAUUCUUGAAAAAAUGAUAGUGUUAUCUAAAAUUUAGAAUCUCAAUGUAUACGCUACAUUUUUACAACAUUUAAGGAAUAUAUUUUUGAAUAUAUCUUAUUUUAUCGUGAUAACAAUUAAUCUCGUAGUGCAAGACACAGUGCAAUAUUUUAUUUUUUUGUUUUAUUUACUCAAAAUUUUGAAUCUCCAAAUAUAUUACAAAAAGUACGUCAUAUCGUCAAAAAGCUAAACGUAACACGUUAAAUUAUUUUUAUAGAACAAAACUAUGUUGCCAAAAUGCAUAGCAAAAAAUGUUAUUUUUGUUUAUUUAUAUAAGUAUAAUUGUAGAUAUUUUUUUUAUAUAUAUUUUAUAUGGGUUUAAGACAGUUUGCAAUGUUUGCUUAAUGCAGGAUAAACUAGAUCGAUAUGACUGAGUAGUUAAUUAAAAUAUGUGUAUAAUAAGUAACACAGAUUAAAAUUUAUAAAUUAUUUGCAUAAUAUAAAUUACUAACAUAAUUCAAAAUAAACAAUAGAAGUUGCAAAAUAAUGUAUGCUUAUAUUAUGGCAAAAUAUAUGUAUGUGCAAAUUAUAUCAACAUUUAAUAAAAUAAUGAUAAUAAAGACAAAUGGUAGUUCAAAAAUAGUUGAAAAUGUUUAAAAUGAUAUCAGCGUAAAGAAAUAUCUUAACAGUAUAAAAAUUUAUCAUUAGACAAAUUAAUAUUAUAAAUUAUAAAAAAUAAUAAUUUAUACAUACUAUUAAAUGGAUGUUACUUUUAUGAGGGUUUGGCAACAUC